GAGACCAAAGCAGCAGCAGCUGAAGCCGCCUUCCGCGACCACGAAACACACAACUCGCCCUAUCGGAGCGGAGACCGUGGAACCCUAUCGCUUCCCCAUGGACGGAUCUGGAGGAGGAGCGGCGGCGGAGGGGGACCUGGAGGCGGCGGAGAAGCUGAUCAUGCGGUGGGACUCGACCGCGUCUUCCGCCGCGGACGAGCGGAUGAUUUUCGACGGCGCGGACCGUUCCGACGCCGAGAGGUACCUCCGCGCCGUCGAUGAGCUCCGACGCUCCAUCAAGGACCCGGUCAUCGUCGGAAGCCCCCGGAGAUCGUCCUCCUCCUCGUCGCACUCCUCCUCGGAGAACGCGAUCCAAAUCGCCAUGGCGCGGCUGGAGGACGAGUUCCGCAACCUGCUGCUAACCCGGGCCAACGAGGUCGAGGUCGACGCGCUCGUCGAUCUGAGCUCGCUCUCGUUGAAUAGCUCGGCUUCCAUGGACGGGUACGGCGAUCUGUCUGACGCCGAGGGCGGCGGCGGCGGAGACGGUGGUGGAGAGGGAGAGGCCUUUUCGUCAGAUUCGGUGGGGGCGAGCAGCAGCAUACGGCGGAGCAGCAUACGGUCGACGAGGAGCAUCCGGGAGAUCGAUCUGCUGCCGGCUGACGCGGUCGAUGACCUCCGGAGCAUCGCGGAGCGGAUGAUCGCCGCCGGGUACGGCCGGGAGUGCGUCCAGGUGUACGCCGGCGCCCGGAAGGCGGCGGUGGACGUGUGCUUCCGGAAUCUCGGCGUGGAGAAGCUCAGCAUCGGUGAGGUCCAGCGUCUCGAGUGGGACGCCCUUGAGGCCAAGAUACGGCGCUGGAUUCGCGCUGCCCGGGUCUGUGUCCGGAUCAUCUUCGCCAGCGAACGCCGCCUCUGCGAGCACAUCUUUGAGGGCCUUGGCAUCGCCGAUGACGCCCCUUUCAUUGAGACUGUCAAGGGCGCGUCCAUCCAGCUCUUUGGAUUCGCCGAGGCCAUCAGCAUCGGUCGCCGGUCACCGGAGAAGCUCUUCAAGAUCCUCGACCUCCACGACACCAUCUCUGACCUCCUCCCGGACAUCGCCGUCGUGUUCCUAUCCAAGUCUGCCGAGUCCAUCUACACCCAGGCCACUGAGAUCCUCUCCCGGCUCGCGGAGGCCGUCCGUGGCAUCCUCUCCGAGUUUGAGAACGCAGUAUUUCGAGAUCCACCCAAGACACCGGUGCCUGGCGGCACAAUCCAUCCCCUUACUCGCUACGUGAUGAACUACAUCAGCCUCAUCUCAGAUUACAAGCCGACGCUCAUCGAGCUCAUAGUUACAAGGCCAUCUGCGAGCUCCCGGUUCUCUGGUGAUGAUCUCGCAGCUGCUGGUGCUGCGGUGCCAGAGCUUGAUUUCCCGGUGUCCGAGAACCAGACUCCCCUCGCCGCCCACCUGAUCUGGAUCAUAGUUGUUCUUGAGCACAAUCUCGAGAACAAGGCGAACCUUUACAAGGAUAAUGCCCUCUCCCACCUAUUCUUAAUGAACAACGUCCACUAUAUCGUCCACAAGGUGAAGGACUCACCUGAGCUCCGGGAAAUGAUUGGUGAUGACUACUUAAGAAAGCUCACCGGGAAAUUCCGGCUGUCUGCGACGAGCUACCAGAGGGCCACGUGGAUGAGAAUCCUUCACUGCUUGAGAGAUGAGGGGAUUCAUGUUAGUGGAAGCUUCUCAUCAGGCGUCUCUAAGUCCACUUUGCGGGAGAGGUUCAAAGCUUUCAAUGCUGCUUUCGAUGAGGCUCAUAAAACCCAAGCGACUUGGUAUGUGCCAGACACCCAGCUGAGAGAGGAGUUGAGGAUUUCAAUCUCGGAGAAGUUGUUGCCAGCGUACCGGUCUUUUCUUGGCCGGUUCCGGCUACAUAUAGAGAAUGGGAGACACCCCGAGAUGUACAUUAAGUACUCGGUUGAGGACCUUGAGAUUUCUCUGUCUGAUUUUUUCGAAGGGUGUGCUCCUUCUCUACACAACAGAAGAAGGUCUCAUUAAAAUCACAUGAUGCUUUCAGGACAGGAGACUGAUGAUUGUGUAAGCUGAUAUUCUUUAAAUUCUUAAAAGAGGGAAGCAAUAAGGAGACAAGUUUUAGCAGCACUGAUCUUUGGAUUAUUCAAGAACUUAGUGUUAUUGAUGGAGAGUUCAGAGACCCCACAUAAUAUCUGUAUCUGAUAUGAAGAUCUUGUUGGAGGACUCAAAUAACCCAUGGUUAUAGUUUCCCUCUGAUGCCCCAUGUAGUAAAGUAGAGGAUGCCCCAAGCUUUAUUCUUGCGUCAACAGAGAUCAGCUAUUGUCUUUGUACACGAAAUCACCAGUAAAGGCCUUGCCAAUGCUGUAAAUGUAUCUCUAGCAUUAAUUUCCCUUUAUAUUUUAACUGAGAGAGUAACUUUCUACAUUUUUUGUGUUUUGUUAUUUAUCAGAAACACGAUGUUAGGCAUUGAAAAGCUAUUGCUGGAUUGAUGUGGCCAUUGGCUUCAUUAACUUCUGUA